CUCGUCUCGUUCCCUGAACACACAACUCUGUAUCCUUUUCGCGAUGGACGAAACCCUAGCAGUCGAAUCCACCGCCGCCGGCGGCGAGACAUCCGCGGCGGAGUCGGCGCAGGAAGCGCAGCAAGAGACGCUAGAGGAGGUGCUCUCGAGGCAUAGGAAAGAGAAAUCCAAACUCCAGGAUAAGGAAACAAGUCUCAAGAAAGCAGCCGCUAAAGGCAGCAAAGCUGAACAGAAGGCCAAGAAGAAGCAGGUAGAGGAGGAGAUAUCACGGCUCUCAGCUGAGUUAGAGGUGAAACAUGCUGCCGAACUUGCUACAUUUGGGUACAACUCCGCAGGCAGCUCAGAAAAGGGGAACAUGGACACCUUAGUAAAGGCUAUAGCCGGUGUUUCUGUGACCAGUAAUGCGGAUUCCGCAAAGCCUAGCAAAGGUGCGCGCCGUCGAGAGAAGAAGGCAAAGGAAGAAGCUGCUAGAGAGCAGCGCAUUCAAGAAGAGCAAAACAAUCUUGUCAGUGAUCGCAUGAUAGAAAAUGAAAAUCUUGAGAAGAAGCUGGAGCCCUUGGGACUGACCAUCCAGGAGAUAAAGCCAGAUGGGCACUGCCUGUACCGUGCUGUUGAGAACCAGCUAUCGCUUUAUCCCAGAGGUACUACUACACAAUACAGUUACCAGGAGCUACGGCAAAUGACUGCCCAUUAUAUGAAAGAGCAUGCUGCAGAUUUUCUUCCAUUUUUCCUAUCAGAGAGCAAGGUUGAGUCUGGACCAGACCCCUUGGAGAGCUUCAAGAGGUACUGUGAGGAGGUUGAAACAACUGCUGCUUGGGGUGGGCAACUUGAGCUUGGUGCUCUAACCCACUGCCUAAAGAAGCACAUUGUUGUGUACUCAGGCUCAUUUCCAGAUGUGGAAAUGGGCAAAGAGUAUAAAUUGGAAGGUGGUACAGAUGGCCCUAGCAUCAGGUUGUCCUAUCACAGACAUGCCUAUGGUCUUGGCGAGCACUACAACUCAGUGAUUCCUGCUUAGUUACCUAAAAAAAUUAGCAGUCUUUGGUCUUCUAUGAUAUAUUCUCCAAUGAUAACUGUCUCUGGACACAAUAGGUGGCUUGUUUACAGUUGCUUUUGUGUUUCCAUCUCAUCGGUCAAUGACGGUUGAGUACUUGAGUAGAGUGUACCAAAGUUUUACCUGGGAAGCUACUUCCCAAACAAUUUUGUUUGUAAAACUGAAGUAUCUCUCAUUACCUUAUUUCCAGUUGAGGCUGUCUUACCGCUAUUAAUCUCGUCGAGCUGUAAUUUGUUAUUAUAAUUCACUCCCAUGGUGAACCUGUACUAUCUUUAUUUCACAAUGUAAGAUGACUUAGUAUUAUCUAGUUUUAUAUGGAUGUUAAUAAAUUAAGAUAUAUCGAUUAAUAGAUGAAUUUAUGUAUAGCCAAAAAUUCUUGUAAUAUGAAAUGGA